AUGGUCUUGACGCGCGGCGCCGCAGAGGGGAGCUCUGUGGGCGCAGCAGAGGGCAGCUCUGUGGGCGCGGCAGAGGGGAGCUCUGUGGGCGCCGCAGAGGGCAGCUCUGUGGGCGCAGCAGAGGGCAGCUCUGUGGGCGCAGCAGAGGGCAGCUCUGUGGGCGCGGCAGAGGGGAGCUCUGUGGGCGCCGCAGAGGGCAGCUCUGUGGGCGCAGCAGAGGGCAGCUCUGUGGGCGCGGCAGAGGGCAGCUCUGUGGGCGCGGCAGAGGGCAGCUCUGUGGGCGCGGCAGAGGGCAGCUCUGUGGGCGCCGCAGAGGGGAGCUCUGUGGGCGCGGCAGAGGGCUGCUCUGUGGGCGCGGCAGAGGGCAGCUCUGUGGGCGCAGCAGAGGGCAGCUCUGUGGGCGCGGCAGAGGGCAGCUCUGUGGGCGCGGCAGAGGGCAGCUCUGUGGGCGCGGCAGAGGGCAGCUCUGUCGGCGGGGAGCGCGACUUCAGCCCCGGCGCCGGGGCGACCGCGCCGCCCCACAGCGUGUACAGCAAGUAG